AAAACAACGCGCUCUGUCGCCCACUCUCUCUAACUGUCUGUUUCUUGUUGUUGACACGGUUGGAUUCGUCAGAUAGAGCUUCGACUGUCCAGCCAAUUUUUUCCGCCUCCCCUCCCGUCUGACGAUCUUGCGAGCUUCCUAUUCCCCUCCCACGGUUCACUCCGCAUCCCUAUAGGAAACGAUAUGCUAUCGGGCUUCGUCGAUUUUCGGUGAUAUCAGGGUUUGGCGCCGCAUCGUUUGAUGGUAAUGCUGGAACGAGCUGCGGGAUGCCUUGAGAGCGCGGGCCGGCGUUUCUUUCGGGAUUCGAAUGGCGCCAUUCGAGGCUCAAGGUCGUUGUCAUUCAGUUUGGGGAAUUGCAGCGGGACGGGUGUCGAGGGCUCCCACAGUCCCCUGGCCGCCUUGUCGACGAACUCCCACCGAAUCUCGAGUCCUUCAAACGCCACUUCCCGUGGAAACAGACCCCCGACGGAUACGCGGUCUCCGUUUCUCGAGUUCCUCUACCCACCACAUACCCAGGAAUUCGCUGUGACCUGCCUGCUACGAUCUCCGAAGCGAUCGGGCCCCCGACGGAGAAGACGGAGUAUCCCAGGGCUUCCCAAAAGUUAUACUACCGCGGCGACGAGCCUUGAUCGUGUCGAUGGAGAAGGCACGUGGGGCCAUGGUACAAAGGACUACGACCGCGCCUGGUCACUCUACCUGACUGCUGGCCAACCCGUUGCGGCAAAGGUGGCUCUCAUGAAAUAUCUAUGUUCGUCCGGAAGAGAACUUGACAAUGAACGGAUUGGUCGUUUGUUCGAAAGCAUCGAUGAGAAAUCGCGGUCCCCCAGAAUCUACUUGUGGAUGGCCGAAUCCUACUGGUCGGUUGGGAGUCCCCUGGAAGUGACACGAAUAUGCAAGCAAGCCGUGGAUCAAGGGUCGGACGCCCUCUGUUUUAACUUUGCGGUAACGACUUUUUCGAAGCAUGGCCACUGGGAUCUACUACAAGAGCUGUGGCCUUUACGGCCGCCGUCCUUUACCGGUACAUUGUGGAGGUAUAUCCUCCGCAAUAUACGUUAUUCAGAGCUGGCAACGGUCAUGCUCCACCUCUCCGAAUAUCUGCGGGGGCAGGGCCCUAAAGCCCCAGCGCGCGGCUUUGCUCACUUUUGUCUCGACCAGCUCGUCAAUACCCGUGGCUUUGUCGAGAACACUGCGACAGAACCCACUCUGCUUGUCUUGCGAAGCUACAGGGAGUUAGGGCUGCUGACCCCGACACAUUACUUUGACCUUAUUAGAAAGCUGGACAUGUCGAGUGCUCGACUAACGAUUGAAAGAGCCCUCGUUGUCUAUCGCAACUUUCGCUGGCUAAUGCCCAGCAAAAAGCCCCCCCGAAGUCUUCUACUCCGGCUGAUACAACGCCGCCGCCGUCUCGGGACGACAUCCGGCGUAGAAUACUUAUUAGGAGAAAUUAUUCAUUUCCAUGGAAAGCCAACCGAGGACGCAUACCGACAAGCGCUGCUUGCGUUUUCGCGAGCGGGAGACGUGGCCACCGUUCACCAACUUUUUGAGAGAUUCCUUUCGGAUCAUGGGAACCCGCAGAGCCGAAGGCUCGUCACUCCACUCCUUCAUGUCCAUGCAAGGGUUGGCAACGUGCAGGAAACGCAGCGCCAGUUCGACAGGAUCACACACGAAUUCGGUCUCGUACCAAACACGGUGUGCUGGAACACGCUGCUGGCCGCGCAUGCCAGAUCUGGUGAUCUCCGCGGAGCCUUUGCCAUCUUGAAGAAGAUGAUCGACCAAGGAUUGGAGCUUGAACCCCAUACCGUAGGCACUCUAAUGGGGCAUUGCGCCAAGAAAGGCGAUAUCGAUAGCAUUCAGCACCUGCUCGUCCUGGCCAGAAAACACCGGGUAAGGGUCACCGCUCCUAUGAUCGACACGAUUGUGGAGGCCUAUUGCGCCGAGGGAAAACUGGAUCUGGCUGAGGGCAUUGCGGAGUCGACUCUGAGUUUGACCAUUCGAGGUUCGCGGACCAGGAUGUGGAAUGUGCUUCUGUGGAACCAUGCCUACCGACUGGACCUGGGAGCCAUGUCCAGGAUUCGCUCGCGUAUGGAUGAGGUAGGCAUAGACCCCGAUGAAAUGACCUAUGCCGCUCUCAUCCUCAGUCUGUCUCUCAUUGGACGACCAGAUGCGGCGCGUCGCAUCUUGAGGACCCUUCAUCGAAGCCGUUACAUCCACGUCACGGAGUUCCAUUACGCAAUCAUCUUACAUGGCUACGUGAAAGAACGCAACCGCGACAUGGUGAACGUCAUCUUCCAUGAGAUCGAAGAACGCUUCGGUCGGGCUGGGUUGAGCUCGAGACUGCUCGUUCUCAAAAGCCAGCUCCAGCGGGAUCUGGACUCCCGAGCGGAAGAGGGCGAAACUGGCGAAGCGUCUCGCAUGCGGCUCCAACAUGCCGAGAAAUUCUUCAGGGAAACGAUCGCCGAAUUCGAUUCGAGCGAGUUGGCGACCACAGAGCCCCAGCCAGGCGGGGCCAAACAGGCAGUCAGUAUGGCUUUCCCCGGCAUAUACUAUGAGUAUAUCAUCAAUGCGUAUGGCACGAGAGGUGCCCAUGAACGCGUGAAGAGUCUGUUUGACGAGUAUACCCGCUACCUGCCGCCUCCGGGGCCCCUGAAGAACGUGGAGGACGUAGCCCCCUUUCGCUUUUUGUCAAUUCUUAUGGUCACGCAUUUGAAGGCGGGGCAAUUCAACGAAGUCGAACGUUGCUGGAAAAUGGCUUUCCCGCGGGCUAUCAAGCUAGCCAGUCGUCCAAACAUUGAGCAAUGGCUUUCUGAUCAGCUGCCGACUGCCGGUGCCACCGAUCCUUCCAGUCCAUCUGUUCCCACGGCUAGCGGGAUGGAGCAGGACACCUCGCCCGGCUCCAUUACUCCACAGGAGGACGGGUCACCGAAACCCCGAAUUCUGCCCGCGUGCCGGUUCAUGAUCUCUCGGCCCUUGGAUCUAUACAUGCGGUCCCUGGCUUAUAGAAACCAGACCCAUCGGAUAUACCAGGUCGUGGCCGAGGUGCAGGCGGCGGGGUUCACUCUGACAACCUACGACUGGUCCACGUACGUCCAGGUCCUUGCCGCUUCCGAAAAGAUUUCCGACCAGCUCCAUGCGUUCGCCAUGUUUGAAAGCAAGUUCAUGCCCAAUUUCCCCGGAUGGAGGUAUCUGCACCGGGGAUAUGGUCUGAAACCGAAGACCGCGCCUUCAUCCACUGUCGCCCUUGAAAAUCCGAAUAAUAUACUCCCAAUUCAUCUCCUGGGCAAACGCGGCAGACGGUACUGGAGCAAGAUACAGCCCGACUUCCUGCAACCCACCUACGUGUCUAUGGUCUACCUGGCCGCAUCUCUGUUCCGAUUCCGGGAAAGGAGCGUCGUCCACGGAGGGAACGACCUGGAAAAGCUCUACGAAGUGGCACCACAGACCGUCCGCGCCGCCAGCGACAUGCCCUACAUACGUGAAAAGUUCCAAGGCGUGUUGCUCCGGCGUCGCCAGGGACGACACGACGUAAAGGGUAACGCGGACCGCAAACCUUUCGUGUGGACCGGUGGCGUUCUCGGAACCGGCGGCGAAGCCCGGCUUGACUCGAGCUCCGAGAAACUCCCUCAACCUGCUGCUGUAGAUGACGCAUCGCCCGAGACACCACCUCUUACAGACGAACACGAUACCGCGCUCGAAGACAUCGACUUCGUUCCUCCGCCAACAGAAAGGGUCCUCGACCCGCGGCAGGAACACGAUCUCGACAUCGAAACCCGCCUGACGUACGGUGAUAAUGACGAGUACUAUGACGAUGAGGAAGUGCAGAAGUCUCUCGCUGCACCUGCUGACGACGACGAAUUUCUGGACGACCACUUCCUCGGCGACGAAAAUGAUGAGUCUGAUGCUUUGCCUACUGAGGAGGAUGAUUUCGAGGGCAGUUCCUUCGACAAGGAAGACGCUAUGUCUGCUGAUGAGGGUGAUUUGUCGUAUGAUGAAUAUCCCACCGAGGGAGAGCAGAAGUCUCAUGCCAUGGCUGCAGGGGAGGGCCGUUCAUUGUAUGAUGGAUUGGUCGGUGAUGAGCGACUUCAGGAAUCGGGUGCUACGUCUACGGACCAAGAUGUUGUGGAUGACUAUAAGUCCAUGGACGAGCACAAGCCCGUGGACGACGAAGCACAUGAAAACGUGAAGAGGUCAAUCAGGACCAGGUGCGCGCGGCUAUCGAGUUUCUCGAUCCUGGUCAGCGUCGAUGAGAUCCGCGCGCAUAAUCGGGAGAUGGCGGAUAGCCUCCUAAAAACCCCGUUUGAGAUGUCCCUCGCCUUCGACAAGGCCCUGAAGAAAGUCAUUGAGAUGCUGGAUCGGCCGGCGCGGGAGAAGGCUGAUGAUGUGAAUUACUACUGUGCAUAUGUGGGAGCGUUUGGAGAGUUCUCUUGCAAUCCCCGCACGUUGACGUCGUCCCACCUGAACCGCAUGAUCUCCCUCGAGGGAAUCGUAACCAAGUGCUCCUUGGUUCGGCCCAAGGUGAUUCAGAGUGUGCACUAUGUGGAGCAGAAGCAGAGGUUCCUUGCGAGGAAGUACCGUGAUCAGACGAUGACGGCCAGUGGAGUCACGAACUUGAAUGUUUAUCCUCAGGAGGAUGACGAGAAGAACCCGCUUAUUACUGAAUAUGGGUAUUCUUCGUACAUGGACCACCAAAACAUCUCGAUCCAAGAAAUGCCUGAGAGAGCACCAGCCGGUCAGCUGCCUCGAAGCGUGGACGUGAUCUUGGACGAUGACUUGGUGGACCGGGCCAAACCUGGCGACCGUAUCCAGUUGGUUGGAAUUUACCGUUCUCUUGGAAACAGGGGAGCUGGAUCUGGGUCUUCGACCUUCCGUACCCUUGUCAUGGCGAACAACAUCAUCCAGCUGUCCUCGAAGAACGGCGGAGGUAUCGCCCAGGCCCCCAUCACCGAUACCGACAUCCGAAACAUCAACAAGAUUGCGAAGAAGAAGAAUGUCUUCGAGCUGCUGUCGCAGUCUCUUGCGCCCAGUAUCUACGGAAAUGACUACGUCAAGAGGGCGAUCUUGCUCAUGCUGCUUGGUGGUAUGGAGAAGAACCUGGACAACGGUACGCACUUGCGUGGUGAUAUCAACAUCCUCAUGGUUGGUGAUCCCUCGACCGCCAAGUCUCAGCUCCUCCGUUUCGUCCUGAACACCUCUCCCCUUGCCAUUGCUACCACUGGUCGAGGCUCUUCCGGUGUCGGUCUGACAGCCGCCGUUACCUCUGACAAGGAGACGGGAGAGCGGAGGCUGGAGGCCGGUGCCAUGGUUUUGGGUGAUCGCGGUGUCGUCUGCAUUGAUGAGUUCGACAAGAUGAGUGACGUCGACCGUGUGGCCAUCCACGAAGUCAUGGAACAGCAAACGGUGACGAUUGCCAAGGCCGGUAUUCACACCAGCCUGAACGCCCGUUGCAGCGUUCUCGCUGCUGCGAACCCGAUCUACGGCCAAUAUGAUCCCCACAAGGACCCUCACAAGAACAUCGCUCUGCCAGACUCUCUUCUUUCGCGUUUCGAUCUGCUCUUCGUUAUGACCGACGACAUCGAGGACGCCAAGGACAGGAUGGUCUCCGAACACGUGCUGCGUAUGCAUCGCUACCGCCAGCCUGGCCUGGAAGAGGGCGCCCCUGUCCGCGAACAGCAACAUCAAAACCUGGGCGUUGGCCUCGACGACGGCAACAGCCAGAACCAGCCCACGGAGGUGCACGAGAAGUUCAACGCGAUGCUCCACGCCGGUAUCGCCAACUCGAACCGAAACAAGAACAAGAACAUCGAAGUCAUCAGCAUCCCCUUCAUCAAGAAAUACAUCCAGUACGCCAAAUCGCGAGUCAAGCCCAUUCUGACCAAGGGCGCCGCCGACCACAUCGUCACCACGUACUCGGCCCUGCGAAACGACGAGCUCUCCGGCAAUCAGCGCAGAACGUCGCCCAUCACAGCCCGUACCCUGGAAACGCUGAUCCGUCUAUCCACCGCCCACGCCAAGUCCCGCCUAUCCAGCCGCGUCGACGAGAAAGACGCGAAGAUGGCCGAGUCAAUCCUCCGCUUCGCCAUGUUCAAAGAAGUCGUCGAAGACGAGCGCCGCAAGCGCAGAAAGGUCAACACCUUCGACGAGGACUCCGAAUCAAGCGCCGCCGACUCCGACGACUCUGACGACGAGACCCCAGCCCAGCUCUCAGGCACCACCCCACGAUCAAGCGGCCGCACCGGCCUCCGCUCCCACGCACCGACAGCCACCCGCUCCAGCGCCAACGACCCAGACGACGUACCCGACGACGAAGACCUAUACGGCUCCAGCCAAACACAGACGCAGACACAGAGCCAAUCCCGAAUGUCCGUGGCCUCGUCGCACCCCGCCUCGCAACUCCUGGACUCCUCAUCACAACCGUCCCAGACGGUCUCCGGCGGCCCCAGCCAAACACCCUCCCAGCCGAUCCAGGCGAACCGGCUGGCCGUCUUCCGACAGGCUCUGGGCCCUCUGAUGGGCACGCUGUUCAGCGGAUCCGACACCGCCAACGUGGAGCAGCUCGUUGGCGCCGUCAACGCGGCAGUCCGCGCGUCAGCACAGCCUGCGUUCCAGCACGCGGAAGCCGUCGCGGCUUUGAAGGCUAUGCAUGAUAGAAACGAGUUGAUGUUCCUCGAAGACGACGACACUGUCUACCGAAUCUAAUUUAAUCAAACAUCAAAUAAAGAAAAAAAAAGGCCAUGAUACAACUAUAAAGACAGACCGGUGGACGAAUGACGGACGACCAUUUCAAUUACUUCUCUUUUUCUUCUAUUAUUCCUGCAUUAUGAAUCUGUCUACACAUACAUGUCCAUCACAGAAGACGGGGACUGGGACUGGGACUGGCGCUUGGAGUUUCAUUGUUUGAUUGAUAGAUUAUCCACAUCUAUUUGAGGAAUUCCAGGUCUGG